UAUUCCAGUAGUCGGAAAUCUAAAAUUUGCCUUUCAAAUGAUAAUUCCGGUAGUCGGAUAUCUUUGGCCUACCCGUCACAGGACAAAACUGGCAACAUGAAACCUAAAGCCCACAAUUCUGCUAAUGAGAAAUCUAGCACCGGUGUCCAGUCAAACAACAGGAAGUCUGAAGGCAACACCUCCCUCAUGCGGGCAGUCCUGAAGGGCAAGGACCGCGAGGUCAAAUCCAUGUUGAAGAACGGCGCCCCAGUCAACCGGACAAACGGCCACGGUCAAACCCCUCUCAUGGCGGCUGUGUCCGCCAAACGACUGGACACGGUCAAGCUGCUGCUGGCCACAGGAGCUGAUGUCAACCUCCGCGAUGACAUCGGCCAGUCUGCUGUCAUGUACGCAGCGUCCAUUGGCGACGAGCCGAUUGUCUACGUGUUGUGUGACGGUGAGGCGGAUUUAGCGCUGAAGGACACACUCGGAAAAACGGCUCUUUUCCACGCUGUAGAAUCCGGCUUUACCGACGUCAUCAAACUAUUGCUGAAAUACGGCGCGGAUAUAAACGCGAAAACGCCGAACGGAAUGAACGCCUUGCUCAUCGCGGCGAGUACAGGAAAUACAAAUGUCAUCCAGACUGUUUGCAAGUAUAAGAUUGAUUUUAAUUAUGCUGAUGGUAAAGGUCAGAAUGCGUUAAUGAUUGCGGCGUUUUGUAACCACGUUGAUGCGGUGGAGUUGAUGUGUUCUUUGGGGUUUGGUGUCAAUGCUGUAGACAAGGAAGGAUGGAGUCCGCUGAUGCUGGCGUCCUAUGCCAAUAAUGAUGAUGUCAUCAACCUGCUUUGUAAAUAUAAAGCUGAUAAAAACGCCUCCAACAGAGAAGGGAGAACGGCGUUUAUGUUAGCUGCGGAGCGGGGUCACCUCAACGCUUUGAGAACCCUCCAUCGACUGGGUUGUGACGUGCACGCCGUAGACAGAGAAGGGUGGAACGCACUGAUGUUAGCCACGCACGAAGGCAAUGCUGAAGCGGUAGAGCUCUUGUGUAGCUACGGGGCGUACGUGGACUCAUCCGACCACAGGGGGCGGACAAGUCUGAUGAUUGCUGCCAAAAAAGGUUACGUUAAAAUUCUCCAGGCCUUGUUGUAUCACGGAAGUGACGUCAACAAGUACGACAAGAAGAGAUGGGACGCUAUGAUGUUUGCUGCUCAAGCCGGCAACACGGCCGUCGUGAAACUCCUCCUUCAGAAUAAAUCAUCUCUGAAACACGUCAACGACAAGCAGUUCUCAAGCCUGAUGCUCGCUGCGUGGUAUGGUCAUGGAGAAGUUGUUGAAGUUCUUAGCCAGAGCAUCAGAAAACUCGAAACUUCCAUACAAGAACGGUCCAUGCAUUCAAGACAGGACCUGAUGAACGCUGCAAAUGUUGAUGGGUACACAGCUUUGAUGAUAGCAUGCAAGAAAGGUUUUACUGACAUAAUCGACAUUUUACAUAAAUACAAUGCGAAUUUACAUGCCGUAAACAAUGAAGGAAGAACAAGUUUAAUGGUGGCUUGCAAGAACGGCCAUCUCAACGUUGUGAAGCUGCUGAGUGAUAAAGGUUGUGAUAUAAACGCGGUUGAUAAAAAAAAUAUCAACGGUUUAAUGCUCGCAUCCCAGCAUGGGUUUGUAGAAAUUGUCAAGUUUUUAUGCGGGCGUGGAGGUGACGUCAAUAGCGUGGACAAAGAUGGAUGGAAUGCUCUAAUGCUGGCAACAUGUGAAGGACAUCUCGGCGUUGUUGAAGCUCUGUACAGUUGUGGAUCCAAGGUCAUAUUCCAACACGAGGAACAUCUCAACGCCCUGCAUGUUGCUGCCAUCAAGGGCCACAGGGAACUAGUCAGCUUCUUCCUCCGUAAAUGUGUCAUUGUUGAUCAGACAAAGAAGGAGAAACUUCAUAAGAAACUUUCUAGAAGUAAAUCAAACAAUACUGAAGAAACGCCGGAAAAAUUAUUCCAGAUUGAUAUUGACAGCAAAGACAAGUACGGGAACACGUCUCUAGAUUUGGCUACCAGAAAAGGACACGUUCUGAUUGUGGAGAUGUUGAAAGCCGCAGGGGCGACAUGUGAGGGUGUGGCUGGGGACUCGGCCACCCCCACGCUGUUUAGGACCACCUCCGCCUAUGAUGUGGAGGUUGUGGUGGAGCCGGGGUACCACCACAAGACGGACAGGCGCCUGCUGGUACUGGACUGGGAUUGUGGGGCCAAUGAGACGGAUGUUGACCUGUUGACCUUGAACUGUGAUAACCUAAGCAGCCACCAAGGACCCAAGUUCAACCACAACUCACGUGACUGUGAUCGGUAUCCACGUGACCUGCCCGUGACGUCAGAAGUCAUCUACCAGACGGCGUAUGACAUACCUGGCAGUGUGAGAUUUGACUAGAGCCGACACACUGAACUCAGUGAAUCGUGUGAGAUAACAAGCCAGGAUGGAUUCAAAGUCACGUGACCGUGUGCAGAAUUUUACCAAGGGGAGAAAAUCAAUGGAGAAAAGAUUAUAUUUUUUGAGGACAGAUUUUAAAUAAUGUGUUGUUUCCCUUGACGUCAUCCAGUUGUUGCCCCUUAAACCUAUUGUGUUCGGACACAAGGGAGACGAUUUAUAACAGCUGUCAAAUAGGUUUAAGUUCAAUCUAUGUUGUCGUCAGAGUCGACAUGAACGUGUUUCAU